AUGAGACACUAAACAACUGUAAGUGGUUAGGAAGAUAGAUCCUCAAAUGUAAUUAGUGCUCCUGAAUAGUAGGGCUUAGUAGAAAAUUGGAAAAGAUAAGCAAUUAGCGAAAGCACUUUAAAUAAAUUGCUCGAAAAAGACUAUGAUCAAUAAAACUUUGUUUUGGAGAAUUUAAGAGAUAAGGAUAUGGCCGACAUAAGCGAAAUUCAUUAAAAGAUGAGCCAUUUAAAUUCAACACUAGUUACCAACUUGGAUGUCUCUUUGUAAAAGAAUUAUAUGGCAUUAAUAGGAGAUAUGCAUAAAAUUAAAGACUUCUCCUUGGACAUAGAAAAUUGUAAAGAUAAAAUGCACAAAGUGUAAUAAAGCUUGAUUAGCUUGCAUUCUCUCUUUACAUAAAAUUAUGAAACUAUAUAAAAUAAAAUGCCUUUACUCAAAAAUGCCAAAGAAGCAGCCGUAAUCGUUUAAAAAUCAAUUAAAUAUUUAUAAAAUCUUAAAAUUCUUAAAUCUUUGGUCUCUUCUCGCUACGAAAUUACUGAUUUAGUAAAGACUUCUCUUAUUUUGUAAGAAAUAAAUGAGCAUGCACCUGCUUUGGCGGACUUAGAAUUUUAUGAAAACUCGAAAUCUUUUCUGCUUCAAGUCUAAGAGCAAGUAGUUAAAAAAGCUGAGAAAAAAUUUAACGAUGCCCUCCUUCAAAAGAAUUAAAUUGAAAUUUCUCAAUCCAUAUAGAUUUUCUUUCAUUUAGGGAUAUUAGCUGAAUAAUUGGAAUAAAGGGCAAAUUUUUCUUUAAAGAAUUCAAGUGCUUCAUGGCGUUAAGUACUUAUUAAAGAAUACAGCGGUGAAUACUAAGGAGCCCUAAUAGUUUAAAUUAAAAAUUUACUCACAGAAGACUAUUCAAAUGCUCAAUAAAUGUGGCUACUAAACUAAAGUGUAAAAGCAAGUAGAGAUCCUAAGUCUAUGGAAAGUUACGAAACUUUUCUAUCAGGAAAGAAUGUCUUAAAAUUGUUUGAUCUUUUCUGGAAUAAACAGUGCCUUAUCGUCUAAUAGAGCUUUUAAAAGCUUUAAGAAAACUAAUCGAAAUACACCUAAAAUUAUAAAACUGUGGUUUCCUCUUAUCCUAGAAUUUUUGGGAUGCUGGAAAACUUUGUAAACAACUUUAAUGAAUAUGUCUUAAGCUUUCCUGAUAGCAUAAUUAGUUACGAUUUUCCAGAAUUGAAAAAGAGGUUCCUCAAUUCUUUGGCUAUUUUAUCCCCUGCUUAUUAUCAGAACCUUACCUAAAAAGUCUCAAGUCAAUCUCUCAAAGUCAUUAAAUUGCUUUAGACAUUUGAUUAAACUCCUUUUAAUACUUUAGUAUCAAAUGUUUAAUCCGAAUUAGAAACAGGCUUAAUAGUAGAAUUUAAUUUUUAGGCAAAAGAUAAUUUCCCAUCCUGUGCGUUGAUUUACAAAUAAUCUUCUAAAAUAUAUAUCAGUGAAUGCCAAAAAUUCUUGCAGCAAGUAAAGUAGCUUUAUAAGGGAAAGCAAAUCACGAUAGGGGAAAGUUUUGCUUUAAUAUAUACUUUGAGCAUCUACAAAAGCUAAAUUUUAGAUAAUCUUCUCAAUUAGGAAUACAAUGAUUAAGUAGACAUGGAGUUCUAUGACACCGUCCUUGCUGAAUAUGUAGAUUACAUAUAAGAGGUAACAAGGGUUUACUACUUAGCUGGGUUUAACCAAAACACUAAUAACUUCCUUAGCUUAUAUUUUACUUCUUAAACCUAAAAAGUAGCUUAUAACCAAAAGAUCUUUACUUAGAUGCAAACAUUCUUCAAAAACUACAGUCCUUAUAGUUACUUUGAGAAAUCUAAAUACUUUGAUUAACUAUUUCUACAAGAAUACUAUAAAUACUUUUAAGGAUUUUUAAGAGAUUUCUGUUUCUUAAUAAUAUAUUUUUACAAAAAUAUGAGUCAAAAUAUAGAUGAACAAACAAGUUUAGGGUAAGAAAUAGAGGCGAUGUCGUCUAUUAUCGAAAAAAAUGGAUCCUCGGAAUUUGCAGCAUCUGAUAUGAAGCUUAUCAUAAAUUUGUAAAAGAUAUUCUAUGUAGACUCUAAAAGCGCUUCAUAAAUUAUAUAGUAGUCUUAAGACUUUACUUUUUAUCUAAAAGAAGGAAUUAUUCAACUAGCCUUUAUACAAAGGUUAGAACAACAAAUUAACAAACCUUUGAUAAGUAAUUUGGAUUACAAGGAAUCAUACUCUUCCUUCAAAUCUAAGCUUAUAAAAAAUAUAAAGUCUUUAAUUAGUGAGUACAUUUAAGAAAACCAAGAAUUAAUUAGUAAAUUCGAUGAGUACGAUUUCUUAAAAGACCAUCAUUGA